AUGUUCACUUUCUCCAAAGAUGAGCAGGCAAGCUCGAAAUGCUAUGUCGCAUACAGUACCAGCUCUACACCGAAGAACGACCAAUUGCCAGCUGCGAAGAAGAGGCCGUUUACAACUAUUGCCUCGCAUCCGUUUUCUCACACAGUUGAACUGAUACUACCUGAGGAGCUAUACGAGAGUACCCGGCAUGUGCUCGACGGAUGUAUGCUCCGUUAUUCCCGUGUGAUUAUGUCUCUGAGUGAGAUUAUCACGGGUGACUUCUUCAAUCACUACAUCAAAACAGGAAACAUUUUGAUGCUGUCCGAAGGAAGACCAACAGUUGACAAUAUCUUUUCCCUGCGAGAUGGUGUUCUUAGGCUAGAGCUUGAUAAGCCAACAUACGAGCGUUGCGGCCUGGCUGGCAAACCUAUUCCGGACGGCGGCAGAAAGCACACGAAAUCGCGCUAUGGCGGGUUCACCUUUCACCCAUCAUCUCUCGGACUUGUUGAGCUCAACCUUCGUCUCCCAUCCAUGCUGCACGGCAAGAAGGGGUUCGAGCGUAUCGUCUGGGCUUUCAAGAAUGUUCUCACCCAAUCAGUGACCUGGCUUUUCUACGACUUGCAGGACAGAAAUGCCGUGGGAGGACCCAUCUCCAAGCAUCACCCGAUUCCUAAAACCGUCACACCAACCAUCACACGCAUGCCCAAGGUGCUUGUGCCCUCGUUCAAAUCUGUGCAUGACCUUCUUUCGCCGCAGAACGCCACGGAUCUACUGGAGUGGAUCGGUCUGCUUUCUUUGCGCUCCGCACGAGUCAAUGCCAACGAUAACAUCGACUCAUACUUGAGCCGUUACGAGGUGCCCUCCUUCGCUGCGACUGGGUCCGAUGGGCCCCUCGCUUCCAGGAAUCUAGUUCGAUUACGCUGGCAUGGAUUCACAGAUCCUGGAUUUAUGAGGGCCAUGUGCAUUGUUCCAGUGGGAACAUCAGAACAUCACUGGCUCGCAGUGAAUGUAUCUUGCUUCGACGGGGCGGCCUAUACGGUCUUGCGAGUUGGGAAAGAAGACUGCGUGACCUGGGAGUGCGUUUAG